AUGGAUGGAGGAAAAGGCUCCAAGGGAGCAGCCUUGUUGGAGAAGGCCGAGCAGAAAAAUGGUAGCAUGCUAGUCACCUAUCCUCGAAUCAAGGAGAGAAUCGCAGAGAAAGAGGCGGAGCAGCCAGCCAGCAUCUGCGCGGCGAGGGGGAGAGAGAUGGCGUCGCCACACAGCUACUGUGAAUGCCAUGGUGGGAAUAAAACCUUCGAAGUAGCCAUCGUCAAAUCCCAUCAAGAAUUCUGGUGGCAGAAUAAGACGAUGAUUGACAUCCCCAAAAAUGUGUCGGGGUAUGUUGUUACAAUCGCGAGUUUUACCAACUAUACCAUUCACACUUGGGACAUCAGCAACUGCAGUUACGCGUUUGUUGUUGAGGAGUCUGCCUUCAAGUUUUCAAAGGAUAAUCUCACUAACUUGUCACGCGUUAAGAGCCUUCCUGUGGUGGCUGAUUGGGUCGUCCGGAACGAGACAUGCGGUAAGGCCAUGAGCAACCCCACUGGCUAUGCUUGCGUCAGUGCAAACUCCACCUGCUACAACCCCACUAACGGUUAUGGCUACCGUUGUCGCUGCAAACACGGAUUUCAAGGAAACCCUUAUUUACCUCAAGGAUGUAUCGAUAUUGAUGAAUGUUUAAAGAAUUUACAUAAUUGCAACAAGGACGCAAUCUGUGCCAAUACAAUAGGCAAUUACACAUGUACUUGCCUGAAGAAUUACGAAGGUGAUGGAAUGGGUGAAGAUGGCUGCAAGCGGAAGGCGCCCAAAGAUAUGAAGAUUACUUAUAUCUCCAUAGGAGUUGCGUCUGGUGUCAUCUGUCUGCUUCUUGGCAUCAUUUUCCUCUACUUGGAACUCAAAAGAAGAUCACAUAAUAAAAUGAAGCGAAGAUUCUUUCUCCAAAACGGUGGCCAUAUGUUGCAAGAGAAGUUGGCUAAGAGAGAAGCUUCACCGGAGAUGGUCACUAUUUUCAGCUUAUUAGAGCUAGAGAAGGCGACAAACAACUUCCACAGUAGUAUGAUCAUUGGCCGAGGCGGCUUUGGCACCGUGUACAAAGGCGUUCUAGCGGAUGCAAAAACAGUUGCCAUCAAGAGGUCUAUAAGAGUCGAUCCCACACAAAUCGAGCAGUUCAUCAACGAGGUUGUUGUUCUGUCUCAAAUCAACCACAGGAAUGUAGUUAGGCUUCUUGGUUGUUGCCUAGAAAAAGAUGUCCCACUUUUAGUGUAUGAGUUCAUUAGCAACGGCACCCUUUCUUCUCACCUGCACAAUGAGGCUAAGGCGCGUGCUCUUGAUUGGAACACGCGUCUAAAGAUCGCUGCAGAAACUGCAGGGGUGCUCUCAUAUCUUCACUCUUCUACUUCUACUCCCAUCAUACACAGGGAUGUCAAGUCGGACAAUAUCCUCUUGGACCAUAGAUUGACAGUUAAGGUGUCGGAUUUUGGAGCUUCAAAGCUAGUUCCAGUUGAUCUCGCGCAGCUAUCCACAGUUGUGCUGGGAACUUUGGGAUACCUUGAUCCCGAGUACAUGCAGACGAACCAGUUGACAGAGAAGAGCGAUGUUUACAGCUUUGGAGUUGUUCUGCUAGAGCUAGUCACGGGGCGUAAAGCAUUGAGUUUUAAUAGGCCGGUAGAGGAGAAGAGUUUAUCCAACUAUUUCCUUUAUGUACUGAAGCAAGAUUUGGUAGUAAAAAUUAUUGAUGAAAACAUUGUGGGUUUGGGAAAUAUGGAGCAAAUAUCGACGGUUUGUAAGCUAGCGAAAGAGUGCUUGAAUGUGAAGGGAGAAGAUAGGCCUAGUAUGAAGGAGGUGGCAAUAGAGCUCGAAGGACUGAUACUGCGAGAGAAGAACUCGUGGGCCACAAAUGUAGACGACGAAGAAGAGGAGAUGAAGUCUCUGAUUCCGAAUGAUCAUGAUGGAACGAGUGGUGUGGGACUGGGAUAUGAUAGCAUCGCCAUGGAUCAUAUUGUUUUGCCAAUCAAUCAUGGAGGAAGAUGAUAUUUUACUUUGAGCAUUUAUAUAUGUCGUGUAUAAAUAUUCAUCAUGAUGAGUCUGGUGAUCAAAUUGUUCUUUAGAUUUUGUGAUCUAGUUUAUGUUUAAUUUUGAAUUGUGUGUCACAAUUAUUGG